ACAGGGUAUGCGAAACCAGGUUCUACGACGAUCGCUGAUCAGUCUCGCAUCCUUUUGGGAUGAAAUAGGCAUACCCGGAAGGUGUUCUUCUCGGCUUCGGCGGGACAGUGUUUGAGGAGGGUGUCUGCGAUCUCGACCAGGAAAAGGUUUUUGGAGGGGUUGCCGUUGAUGGCUAGGGCCACGUAGAGCCACCAGGAUCAGGUUGUCGGUGUCCGUGGGCUCGUAGUCGGGGAGAUCCCUUUUGGAAGGAACAAUAUACUGUGUGUUCGGGUUCAAUUCCGAGGGUAUCGGAAGUCCGUUGCGCGUUACAUGGCUUGCACCCACGUACUGGAAACAAGCAGAGACGAUCACCCUCGACUUUCACUUGCAAGGGGGCUCGCUGGCCGGCCGAGUUGUCCAGUUCGUUCACUCGCUGGGUGUAACCGUAUGAUGAGUUACAUUCAAGUUGGCUCGGCCCCUGAGCCAGGGUUGCCGUUUCAUUACGCUGAUUGCUCCCUGUCAAAGGCUGCCACCUCGGAGAGUAAACAAUACACUUACCUUUCGAGCUCGCACUUGUUCCACGUUAUAUGUCCAUGAAUUGCAGACACUCAAGGAAAAGCCCGGUAGUGUGCCAGGAAGCCGCUUCAUCGCAGGAAGUGCAGAGCCUUGACUAUACGCGCUAUGUGGAUGGCAUGCAUAGUUAAAAUUGGAGG